CGGGUGGGUGGCUGCGUGGGUCGCUUCCUUCCCGGGUUGGAGAGCGGCUGCGUGCGCACUUCAGCCUUCCUCCUGCGCGUGGCUGCGGCUGCCCCGCACCGUCCCGCAGCCAUGCCUAUGAUAGGCCGAUACCCCAUCCGGAGGACGCUUCAGUACUUGAGCCAGGGGGACAUCAUCUUCAAGGACUCGGUGAAGGUGAUGACUGUCAACUACAACACGCGUGGGGAGCCCAGCGAGGGGGCCAGAAAAUUUGUGUUUUUCAACAUACCUCAAAUUCAGUACAAAAAUCCUUGGCUACAGAUUGUGAUGUUUAAGAACAUGACACCUUCACCAUUCUUAAAAUUCUAUUUAGAUACUGGAGAGCAAGUGCUGGUUGAUGUGGAAGAGAAGACCAACAAAGAGAUAACACAACAUAUUAAGAAGAUUCUUGGUAAAAGCGAGGAAACACUCCAGGCAGAAGCACAGGAAAAAAUGAAGCUCCAACAUCCUGCAACUUUUGGUCCCAGAAAAUAUCAUUUGCGGGAAUGCAUGUGCGAAAUUGAAGGUCAAAUUCCUUGCCCUGGUAAAGUGCCAUUACCAAAAGAGAUGACUGGCAAGUAUAAACGUGCUAUGAAAGACAGCGCUACUUCCUAAGUCAAGUUCUGUAUGAAGCUUUCCUGCAGCAGGAAUUAAAAGAUUCAAAGAAACUGGCCACAUUAACCUGGAUGAAAACAGCAAGUUCUUCAACAGAUAGUUUCAGUGGCAGCCACAUAACUGGACUUACUUAAUACAGUGAAUAAUGACGAAUGUCUCUUUAAAAAACUAAUUCAGGGACUUGCUCUUCUGAUGGACUCCUUGGGAUUGUAAUGUAAAUACUUGGAUUUCAAAACUGGUGAUAUAUAAAUAAAUAACAAAUCUCUCUC